AUGUCAUAUUCAACAGGAAGAGGAGGUGCAGGUAAUAUCCACCAUUCCAAAAACCUCACAUCGGAAAACCAAGAAAUUACACCACAACUCACAGUUUCAAAAUCACCGCCUCCAGGAGCAGGCGCUAUUCCCAACGAAUUCUCAGAUCUCCGCCCAUCGAAAUCACAGCCAGGAAAGAAAGUAUACUACUCGACGGGACGUGGCGGUGCAGGAAACAUUCGUGCUUCAGAUGAGGUUCCGUCGCCCAAAUUAUACCCACAAGGAUCAAACACACCACACAUAACUACAUCCAAAUUCUCAACCGGACGAGGAGGCUUUGGCAACAUGGUUGAUAACAAGGACCCACAACUAAGUCGGAAACUACAGGAUGUAGAUGGCGAAGAGUUGAGAGAUACAAGCCCUGAAUUACAAGCAAUAAACUCCAACAAGAGCUUUAGCGUUGGAAGAGGCGGAUUCGGCAAUGUCAUAUCAAAAAGUAGGAGCCAUUCGAGUCAGGGCGCAGGACUGGGGUCAGAUAAAGAAGACGUUCCCAAUCUAUAUGCCGUAUCAUCAAGAGGCGAAAAGAAACAUAAACAGAAAAAAGGAGGAUUCUUGGGCAAGAUAAAGGAAUACUUUAAUUCGUAG